AUGAACAACAACAUAAACAACAUCGUGAUCGACGCAAGCAGCGGCGACGUUGCAGUCAAAUCUAUGAUCAAGAAUAUCAUGCCGAACCUAAGCGAAGGCGGCAUUCUCAAAACAGUGCACCGCGUCCUCGGGGAUUACAACGGCCCGAAAAUGUCCACGCGUCUGAUGAAUGGGCGCCUCGCGUGUGCCGCGACGCUCGAGCUGUGCUACGAGAUUCUCGAUAAAAUGAGCGGGCCUCCGUGGCGCAAAUGGCGUGAGGAGUCGGGGAAUGCGUUCAAAGAGGCGCUGUGCGAGCGUGUCGAAAGCGUUCGGUCCUCUAGCCAAACAGAACAAUUCCAACUACAGUCACCGCCACAGCCACAGCCACCGCAGAAAGUCGGGAUAACGACGGCCGUCCUACAGAAGGCUCUCCGAUCCAUCAACAUCAAUGGAUCCGUGCGCAUCGACGAUGGCUGUGGGAAAGAGUCCAUCAUCGACACCACGCGCCUGGUGUGCCGCGGGGCCUAUUCUGCAUAUGCUGCACAGAUGUUCACACGCGUCCUUGAAGAGGAGCGGAAUGAUGGUGGAAGUAGUUUCAUGCGAGGCGAACAAACGCCAACGCCCAUCGCCGACCGCGUUGACUACAUCCGGAUCAACGGUCAUGGGAAGGUGACCCCCGUAAGCGACUCCAAGACCAUCGUCGAGAUCAUUUGGCUGCUGCCCUCGGGCUCGGCCAAGGAAUUCAGGCGCCAGUCAGCCGAAACCAUCUGCCGUGUAUUGGGAGGAGAUAUCAGUCUUUGCGGAGAAAUUGAGCAGCGCUGCGCCCGCCUCCAGAGUACCGAGGAAGGCAGGGCUUACCAAUCCUUUGUGACUGACCAGGGUCCCGCCAAGAAGCAGCGGGCCGCCAUGCCAGCCUGGUUCGAAUAUGCGACGGCUGAGGAGAAGAGAGCCUACAUUUCGAUUGAGGCUACAACGAGCAUAGUCUUGGCCAAGAAAGCCUUGGUCCUGAGAGAUGUUGACGUGUUCGAGACAUGCAAGGAGAAGCUGAAUUCGGUUGGACAGUUCGAUGAAGGCGAUGAGAUUGAGUUUGCAGACAGGAUCAAGGACAUCCAGCGGAGGGCGAAGAGGGUCGACAACAUGAUUACCGCCGCGCCUGCUGUCGAUACUUCACCAAUUUCCGUUUGUGCGGCGAUGCCGGUAGACGACACCAUCGACCCGGAGACGGGCGAGAAGGCCGGUCAGACCGGCAAGGUGGUCAAGCGGCUCCCGAGUGUUCGGGGCCCGGAGACGUCGAUUUGCGUCGAAGCUGGGAAAAUGGGCUCUAGUGUAGGCGAGAAGGCCGGUCAGACCGGCAAGGUGGUCAAGCGGCUGUACUCCGAGCGCUACGGACAGGAAGCUGGUCGCAAGAUACCUAAGCGCAGCACCACGUUUAGGGGGAAGCCCUUCAGUGGAAAAACUUAUUAUGCCCGUGAUUCGGACCUGAUUCAACGUGCCAUUCGCAUCGUGUGUGCCCCGGCGGCGACGCCCUGA